AUGCAAAAUACUCCAACCACCUCUUUAUCAUUCAAUGAGACAACAACCUUAGAGUUUCCGGCUAUAACUAUUUGUAACUAUAAUGGAAGAGCAGGAAGCUCUUGUCCAGAAUGUGAUCUGAACUUGGUGCGCAUAUUUCGAUUAACAGUAACUGGAAUAACUUCACCAAUUACUGAUGGAAACAUUAGAGCUGAAAAAACUCAAGUUCUCGACAAUGUAUAUUAUUCAUGUUACAAAAUUAAUAAUGAUAAGAGUAACUUGUUUUUAGCAAAAAAGAAAGGUAUUUCAGGCUCAAUAUCUUUUUUAUUUGAAAUACCAACAGGAAGUUCCUUGUCAAGAAAUGGGUUGCAAGUGACAUUCCAUGAACCAGGAGCCACACCAUCUAUUUAUCAAGAAACUCAAUUCGCCGCCCCUGGAGUUGAAAAUUACUUUUCCCUUACAAAAGUUGUAAGAACUGUAUUGGAUAUGAAUUAUGAUACAAAUUCUGCUGUGAGAAAUGUUACUUUUGAUUCAGUUGUUUCCACUAUUGCUGUUACUGAUAUUCCAUCCAAUAAUGUUCUUGUAACUGUUACGUAUGGUACUAUGAGUGUGUAUAAUAUCGAUGAAGUUCUUACAAACACCAUUCCUUCUUUAUUGGGUGAUGUUGCGGGUAUGAUUGGAUUAGUAAGUAGUUUCAAUUUAAUUUUGUAA